AGCAAGAUAGACUAGUCUGUACUUCGUUGUCGUCUUCCUACAAGAUUAAAGGCAGUUAUUUCUCUGAGUUCUUCCAUGGACAAGACCUUCCAACGAUCUGCUCUUCUUGUAACCUUCUUCUUCUUCAUUCCUGUUUCAAUCUCUGUUCCAUUCAUUCACUUACACGGGGUUAAUGAUCAAUGCUCCAGUGCUGAAGCUAGGAGCUUCACACAGCUCCUUAGGAACCUCUCCAGCUCCCCUGGCUACUGCUUAGAAAUAGGAAAUGGUGAACAUGAUUCAAUGUACAUGCCUCUUAUGCAACAAGCGAGUAUAGCGUGUGAAAAAGUUAAGCAGAUGAAAGAGCUGAGUCAAGGUUACAACAUUGUUGCACAGUCACAAGGAAACAUGGUCGCUAGAGGUCUAAUUGAGUUCUGUGACGAUGCUCCUCCUGUCUUCAACUAUGUGUCCUUAGGAGGACCUCAUGCUGGUAUCUCCAUCGUUCCCCCGUGUCCUGUGGGAGCUAGUUAUCCACUUUGCCAGCUGCACGAAACAGAGGUUUACACGGACUCUGCUCAAGAUCAUAUUGCUCCAUGUGGAUAUAUUAAACUCGCUACAGAAAUACCAGAGUAUAUGGAACACUGCAAGUUUCUACCAAAGCUCAACAAUGAGAGACCAAACGAGAGGAACUCCACUUAUAAGGAACGUUUCACCAGCUUGCACAACUUGGUCCUUGUCAUGUUCGAGGGUGAUACAAUAGUGGUUCCUAAAGAAACUUGUUGGUUCGGAUUUUACCCUGAUGGAGCUACAGCACCUCUUUUGCCUCCUCAACAGACAAAGCUAUAUACUGAGGACUGGAUUGGUCUGAAAACAUUGGAUGAUGCUGGAAAAGUGAAGUUUGUCGGUGUCCAUGGAGAUCACCUCGAAAUGGCGCAUGAUGACGUUGUGAGAUACGUCGUGCCUUACCUGCAAAACCAGCUUGCGUUUUCUUCUUGAUGCAUACUCGACCGCAAUGCAAUGGAAAAGAGAUUGUAAUCUUGAUGCAGUCAGAUCAACCUGAAUUCAUGUAUAAGGCCUCAAGCUUUAUUAAUCUUGAUGCAGAUCAACCUAAUUUCAUGAAUAAAUGGAAUAAAAAGAGAGUAAUCUUGAUGUAGACUUUUUUAUUUUUAAUUAUUUAUCAUAAUUAAAUACUUUUCAGAUUAUAA